CUGGCCUGGGAAUUGAUCCAGUGGUUGACAGACAAGCUGGAAGCACAAGGAUGGGAGCAGAGCAAAACUGACUCAGCCUCGUGGUCAGCACCUGAAAGCUGGGAGGAAGGGGUGGAUGAAUGCAGCAGGAGUGACAGGACUGAGCCACAGAGGGCCAUGGAGCACAACAGCAGAGUGGACAAGGAAAUUCUGGCACUGAGAGCACGAGUCCAAAUGCUUGACUUGGAAAGAAAAGCGUUCCUUGAUCUGGCUGAAAAGCUCGAGGAGGAGAUCUGUGGGUAUCACAAGGGUGAGAAACAAGAACUUCCACUGUCUGCACCAGCUGAGGCUGAAGAAGUUGCUGCAUCCUCACUUCAGACCCAGGCUGCAAAGGAUGAAGGACACAGCAUGGCAGGCCAAGCUGCCUCAGAUGGAGGAGAUGGAUAUCAGGGUAGUGAAGUGCUUCAUACCAGGUGCCAAGAGGUGGUGGAAAACACAGAGGGCAGGAAUUCACAGCUCCUUCCCAAGCUGCAAGAGCUGGAGCAGGAGCACAAGGAUUUGAAUGAGUGCAAUGAAGAGCUGGAAGCAGUUCUGGGAGAGACACAGAUUGAAAGCCAGCAGGAGGAGGAACAGUUGGAGAGUGAGGUGGAGGGACUUCACCAGAAAAUCACAAGUUUAGAAACAGAGUUCCUCGAAGAGCAGAAGAACAAACAUGAAACGAGUGGGGAAGAGCAGACGUCUGCAGCACGGGAGGUGCAAGAGAUGUUGGAAAGCUGUCAGGAAGCAACAGAGAAACUGGGAAGUCACCUGGGAGAGAGGAGAGAAUGGCCAAAGCAACUGACAGCUGAGCUUGAAGUGUUGCCAGAGGACCUGAAGGCUGAGAAGGUGGCAUUGGGCAGCCAGAGUCUGUCCCAGGAGAGAUUCCAGCAGCAGGAGGAAAAGAUGCAGCAGCUGCGUCAGGACCUGCGGCGUGUUCAGAACUUGUGCAGCUCAGCUGAGAGGGAGCUGAGAUAUGAAAGGGAGAAGAAUAAUGACUUACAGAAGCAAAAUCUCCUGCUCCAACAGGAAUGCACCAAGGUGAAAGCUGAGCUGAAGCAAGCCCAGGCAAAGCUCUUGGACACAACUGAAACAUGCUCCUCUCUCUCAGCACAGUGGGAAAACAGUCAGGAAAAGGUCAAAGAACUUGAGCAAGAGCUCUUGAAGUGCUCCCAGGCAGAUGAAGUGCACAGCAGUCUGCAAGAGAAACUUGCACAGGAGAAAUCCAAAGUGUGUGAGGCACAAAGAAAGAUCUCAAAACUCCAGCAAAAACUGAAGGACUCCCAGCAGCAGCUCCUGCUGGCAGAGACCUGUGUUUCAGACAAGAAGCUCCUGGAAGAGGAAAUGAAAGAGAUCAGGGAAAAUGAAGCUCGUGUGCAGCAAGAAUUUCAUGAGGAGCAGCUGCAGAGGAAGCUCCUGGAGCAGCAGGUGGAGGAGCUGAGGGAGCAGCUCCGGCAUUCGCGGGAGACGGAGGCGUCGCUGGCCAAGAUGCACAUGGAGCUGCAGGCCAAGACCCUGCAUGUCCUAGAGGAUGAGAGGAAAACUGACUCAAGCAAGCACCUCCAGUGUCAGAAGGAGAAGCAGAAGCUCUCAGAGCAGCUCUCACUGCUGAAGGAGGAAAAGAAAGCCCUUUGUGAGGAAAGUGUCCGUCUCCUGAACGAGAAGGAGCUGUGUGUCAGGAAAUACAACGAAAUGCAGCUCCGCCACAAGCAGAAGAUCCACAGAGCCAAGGAGACCUUUAUCCAGGAGGUGAAACAAAGGCAGAGCAGGAUUAAGCAGCUUGAAAAUGAGCUCAGCAUCUCCAAGCUCCAAGUGGAAAAGGGGAACGUGCUGAUGGCCCAGAUCACUGCUGAGAAUGAGAAGUUACUGCAGGAGAGCAGCCAGCUCCUCCAGAAGAUCUCUGACCUAGAGGAGAGCUCUUGGAGCAGCCAGUCUACAAUUGCCAUCCUGCAGAGCAGAGUGAAGAUCCUGGAUGAGGAGAACCUGAGGCUGCACAAGAGCAAACUCCAGCUCUCCAGCCACGUGCCCAGCUCCCAGUUUGUGCCCAGCAGUGUCCACACUCCCACUGCUGAGGUGAGGCUCUGA